AUGGGUGUUGAAGAGGAUCUGCAGUCGAUUCUGCAAAUGCAAGUGGUUCCUAUUAAAGAGGGGAUUGAUGUUCAAAGUGAUUCUCAGUCACAGCAGUUUGUUCCAAAAACGAAAGUCAGCAUGUGUUAUAUAUGUGGAACUGUGUUGUUCGACGAGAAGGGCCAAGUGUUGCUGAUUCAGGAAGCCAAGAAAUCUUGCCUGGGUACUUGGUACCUCCCUGCAGGAAGGCUGGAACCAGGGGAGACAAUUAUUGAAGGGGCAAAGCGAGAGGUAAGGGAGGAAGCAGGCCUUGAGUGUGAUUUGACAACACUGCUGUGCAUUGAAAUAAAUAGUUAUAAGUGGAUGCGGUUUACAUUCCUUGGCAAGAUCACAGGUGGAAGACUAAAGACAGUAGAUGAGAAAGAUAAUGAAUCUUUACAAGCAAAGUUUUUCAGUAAAGAAGAUCUGCAACAAUCUCAGUCCUCUCUCAGACAUAACGAUAUAUUGAAACUGAUAGAGUUAGGCAGAAAGUAUCUGGAAGCUAGUUCAUCUCCCUCAUUGAAUAUGCUGCCUGUGAUAGCUCCGCACAAACUGUUAGUGCACAGAGUGGUUAUAAUUGAUCGUUCUUUGGCAAGCACACAGGCAAUACAUUUACUAGCAAGGAAAGGAAGUGAUAACCACAUCCCAACAGCUCUAAUCAACCACAACAAAGAAGCUUCCAUUGCUGUGUCUGUGUACGCUAUUUUGAGGGAUGCCUUCACAGCAAACUUUAGUGCAGUGUCUGUCCGAAUGUGUGGUGUCUUGGGCAUUGAACACAGAGGCACUGGUCCAGAUGAAGACGGUAUUUGUAUCACCAGCCUUGUGAGUCUGGAUCUGUCAAAUGACCUUCCCCCACCUGCCACAACAUCACAGAAAUAUCUCUGGUGCACGGUUAAACACGCAGACCUGAAAGAGAGGCUAGAACAGGCAACAAAAGGAAAGAUUGUUCCAUUGCUAUAA